CUUCGCAAGUUAGGCAGUACUGAUGGACGCUAUAAAGAACUUAAAGACGCCAUCAGAAACCACACCUCCUCUUAUACCAUAUUUGGCAUUGACUAUGAGUGAGCUGGUGAGUGUGUCCGAGAGUGCAUCAAACUAUAUUGAAGGAGAUUUGGUUAACUUUACUAAAAUGAGAAGAUACACAAGAAUCAUACACAGUCUUUUACAGCAUCAGAAAGACCCUUAUGAUUUUAACUUUGAUCCUGAGAUAUCUAAAGUUCUGCUGACAACAGAGUUGCCAGGAGAUGAGAAUGCUCUUUAUGAAUAUGUUGAUGAGCUUAGAGACUGUCCUUUAUCACCUUCUUCCUCAUCCUCCUCUUCCUCUGAACAAUAGAUAAAUGCAUUAUCAUUAUAACACUUCAUGUGUCUCAAACAUGUUAACUUUAUACUGUCUGUUUUAUUUUGUAUUUUAUUUGUCCAAAAUUUUUUUACCAUAUUUUA